AUGCCAGCUUUGCUUUCUUGUUCUCAGUGUGAGGCAACUUUUAGCCGCUCCGCACACCUACGCCGACACCAGAAGACCCAUCGCGCUGAGAAGCCGUUUGUUUGUCAAUUUUGCCCUGUUGUAUCAUCCCGCAGAGACGUUAUUGUACGCCAUACAAGAAACUUUCACCCAGAUGCCGUUCCCAAUGCGCGUCGGCAGACUCGCACAGCGGCGAAGACAGACGAUACGCAUCGCCCAUCUGCCGCGUCGAGUCUUUCUAGCGAGAGGUCUGUAGGAUCUGUCCCGGCUAGACAGCCUAUGCACCAGUCUCAAGGCCACACUUUGCGACAAAGCUACAGCCCGGAGCGAUCGCCUGCUCGAAGUCAAGCCGAGCUGCGGACAACAGACGUACAUGAGCAGCUGACCAUUGCCUUGAGUCAAAGCGAGACUGCUGUACUAGAUCAGAUUGAAGGUCCACCUCAGGAAGUAAGCCUACACAUAGAACCGGAGCAGUGUGAGUUGCUAGUCCAGGAUCAAGCCGCCGACCCAGAUCGAAGUCAGCACGACGGGCUAGAGUGUCACCAAGAGCAGCCCGAGAAACUCCCUUCAAUACCCUACGAGAUGCUGCAGGCUUCGCUCGAUUAUGCUUUCGAUUUUGAUCUUUUGGAAUUUCCGGCCACGAACUAUACGGAAUCGGCUCUAGCUCCACUCGCAGACUUCCCAGCUCUAUCACCUAGCGAUAUGUCGAAUCACCUCGCACCAAGUCCAGGUAUAAAUUCGCAAAUACCCCUUGAUGCUCUGUAUCUGGAGGCUCAGAAUUGUUCCCCACCAAUUGCUAAUUCUGCUCAAACAUCUUGCCCAAGCGCGGCUGAUCAUUCAGAGGAUGCUUCUUAUGCAGGCGCGCUUGCCAAUCUAGGUAUCUAUGAUCUAGAUCAUGCCAAAACAACCUUCAGUUUCCCGUCUAAACGCGUCGUCUACCGAUUCGUGGAUGCUUACUUUAGGCAUAUGGCACCGCACAUGCCACUACUACACCAGCCUACUUUCACCAUCGCAUCCACUCCCUCGCCCUUACUUAUCGAAAUUAUGGCCUGUGGAGCGUUGUAUCUGUGCGAGCGCACCACUGCAGUAGAACUGCAUGCUGUAGCGCGAAGAUUUAUGUGUAAUUUGGAACGCCAGAACGAUGUACAGGAAAGCGAUGGGAAGUUCGAAGUGUGGACGUUGCAAACCUAUCUGCUGAUGAGCCAUUUCGGCGCCUACGUUGGAACAUUUGCUAUGCACGAGCGAGCGACAAGCAUGUUCCCACAAACAAUCAAGCUGGCACAAGAUGCAUUACAAGAACUGAACUCAUGUCAGACGCUCUCCUAUAUGGAUUGGGUCUAUCAAGAAACACUCAUACGAUGCAUUGUGCACACCAUUGAACUUGGCGCCGCACUGGCUUCUACGACAAAGGAACAGUGUUUCACUGCGCCAUUCUUCGAUACGCCUUUCCCGCUCCCAUCUUCCAAUACAAUUUGGCAACAAACCGAAAAAGAGUGGCAAGGCUUUUUUCAACAACCUGACAGUGGGCACGUGCAGGAUUGCAUCUUCGCUGGGCAGAACCCAGCCUCGCCAAUCAGCGAUCUAGGUCUCGUAACACUUAUAUCUCUAAUACUGUGGCGAACAUGUUCUUUCGAGGCUUUCGCCGGCUCCUAUCGCCUGGAUUUGAGCGCCGAUCUCGUGAACAGAACUGGUAGAGCGGUCCGUGUUUUGGACACCCUUUUCGAAGAGCGUGUUAAGAGGGAUGAGGCCAGCCAAACCAAUCCACUGUUGAGAAUAGCAAGGGCAUUGCUGAACUCCGUUUUCUACCACCUCUACGCAAGCGAAACGUUGACCGGGAUGAAGAGAUUGCUGGAUUAUCCCAGGAAACGAAAGCUUUCGGACACAAGUGCGCGUAUGAUCGAUUUAGAGCAUUCAUCUCACCUGAGUAUCGCGCUGUGUCGUGCUGCAGAAUCGCUGCAGUAUGAUUGCCAAAUGGGCAUUCACUAUGUACAACGAAUGGCACCUCAUCGGUUUGGACCGGUCAUAAGUACCGCUUGCUACGAAGGAGGUUUGCUUCUUAGCUGGUAUCUUAAGAAUAGGUCAACGCUUUUUUCGAACCCCGAAAUUACGGCGAAGCUGGAUCAAGUCAUUCAUGAGCUGUCUACCGAGCUGACGACCUUGCGCGAGACAAGCAAUGACCGGUUGCUAGACUUGCCUCUUAUGGUUGUAGCGGAACUCCUAUCGGAUCGUUCUGUCUGGCAGUUUCCAAGUGAUGUGUCCGAGAAAUUGAAGGUCUUGACCCAGUUUUCACAUGGUGUCUCUUUUCAUACUAUGUUGCCAGCUUGA